AUCCCCAAACUCACAACAAACACUGAAAUACUGGACUCUGCUCUCUUCUCUUCUCUCUCUCUCUGCAAUUGAAUUCAACUCGGGCGAGUGAGUCAUGGGCGGCGAGUUGCGCUACGAGAUCGCGCAGAACGCGUACAUAAAGCUUGUGCUACACGCGCUCAAGCACAAGACCUCCGCCGUCAACGGCAUCCUCGUCGGCCGCGUCUCCCCCAAAAACGACGUCGUCGAGAUCACCGACUCCGUCCCUCUAUUCCACUCCCAGCUUGGCCUCCUCCCCCAGCUCGAGAUCUCCCUCAUCCUCAUUGAGGAGCAUUUUGUUACUAAAGGACUGAGCAUUGUGGGAUAUUUUCACGCAAACGAGAGGUUUGAUGAUCAUGAGCUUGGAAGCCUCGCCAAGAAUGUUGGUGAUCACAUUUAUCGUUACCUUCCUCAAGCUGCAGUGCUCUUGUUAGAUAACAAGAAGCUUGGAGCUUUGUCAAAGACCAAGGACCGGAGCCCCGUGGUCCAGCUUUACACAAAAGAUGCAUCGAGGAUUUGGAAGCUAGUUGGAUCAGAUGGAAAUCAGUUAACGAUCAAGGAGCCCUCAGCAAAUGUUGUUCUACUGGAUCACAUCUCAACUGAAAAAUGGCAGGAUGUUGUAGAUUUUGAUGAUCACCUUGAUGACAUUAGCAAGGAUUGGCUGAACCCAGAGCUCUUCAAGUAAACUAGGCAUUAAUAGCUUCAUCCUGGGCAUCAGAGGACAAGGCACGACUGGUCAAAGAAAUCAGCUAGACCGACCUGAAGCUCAUUGGUUUCUUGUUUUCUGAGAAUUUUUCGAGAUGUAAAAAACUGGAUAACCGAACAAAAUGUCUCUGAACUCGAAUGGUAUAUUUGUGCCUCAAGAGCAUUUCAAUUGUAGCCUAUGGUUGUAGAACUGAACAAAAUGUCAAAAAAUGUGACAAAACUUAGUAGCUGGUGAAAGGUUUUGAGUUU